AUGUGGACAUUUGAGCUGUUGAGACAGGGCAGGGUCACAUGUGCCAAUUUAACGAAUGGCGGGAAGUCGGAGCUUCUAAAAUCUGGAGGCACCAAAUCCACCCUAAAGCACAUCUGGACAGAAAGCAGCAAAGACUUGUCCAUCAGCCGGCUUCUCUCACAGACUUUUCGUGGCAAAGACAAUGGUACAGAUUUGGACCUGCGCUAUGACACCCCAGAACCUUACUCGGAGCAAGAUCUCUGGGACUGGCUAAGGAACUCCACGGACCUUCAGGAGCCUCGGCCCAGAGCCAAGCGACGGCCCAUCGUCAAGACGGGGAAGUUUAAGAAAAUGUUUGGCUGGGGUGAUUUUCAUUCCAACAUCAAAACUGUGAAGCUCAACCUGUUGAUAACUGGGAAAAUCGUUGACCACGGUAACGGGACCUUCAGCGUGUACUUCCGGCACAAUUCCACUGGGCAAGGCAAUGUCUCUGUGAGCUUGGUGCCCCCAACCAAGAUUGUGGAAUUCGACUUGGCCCAGCAGACGGUGAUCGAUGCCAAAGAUUCCAAGUCCUUUAACUGCCGGAUCGAGUAUGAAAAGGUUGACAAGGCGACCAAGAACACUCUCUGUAACUAUGACCCUUCCAAAACCUGUUACCAGGAGCAGACACAGAGCCAUGUGUCCUGGCUGUGCUCUAAGCCCUUUAAGGUCAUCUGUAUUUACAUUUCCUUUUAUAGUACCGAUUACAAACUAGUACAGAAGGUGUGUCCUGACUACAACUAUCACAGUGACACGCCCUACUUCCCUUCAGGUUGAGGAGGAGCCAGUGUGGGUAAGACUGAAGCCUGAGGAAUAAAAGAGGUCAUAUGACAGGGCUGUUACUACAAAGGAGAAGGUCCCAUCUGGGGCCUGGAUUGUGUCUACGAUGCUGCUGUUGUCCACGGGCUGCCAAGAUCCCAGGGGGGACAAUCUGGUGUCAUUUCUGCCCAUUGGCUCCAUCUCUCAGUGUAGUUGUGAAUCACUGCAGGUUUUACAUAAAAUCACCCAAGGAGAAACAUACAUACACACAGACAUA